GCUAAUUGUACUCAUGAACGGGACACCGCCUGCACAACACAACCACAGCUACUUUAAACUUCUUGUUUAGCAAACUUUACAGCAUGACAGAUCAUCUAUCCGACGAGCAAAUUGCUGAACUGCAGGAUGCAUUUUCACUAUUUGAUCUCAAUGGYCGUGGUAAAGUCCCAGCAAAGAAGGUUAAAGAUAUYUUAAGAGCUGUUGGACUCAAUCCAAUGAUGGACGACAUCCAGAAGAUGGAGAAAGACCUCGGCAAAGAAUCCGUCUCMUUCGAUUCCUUCCUGACACUUUACGUUGCUUUUGAUAAGAAGCCGAAAAUUGGAAUGGAGGAGUUCAUCGAGGGUCUUCGUGCGUUCGACAAAGAUCAAGACGGCACGGUGAGUGCAGCGGAACUUCGUAACAUUCUUGUUAGCCUUGGAGAUACAUUAACCCAAGAAGACGCCGAUACUAUUAUUGCUUUAGGAGAUAACCACGGUUCUGUCGARUACGAAAAACUUAUCAAGAAAGUAAUGGAUAGCUAGGUGACUAUGCUUGUUUAACUACUCGUCAACGUKAACUGUAACAUUUGUAUUUUAUUUCAACGUCCAGCUGAUACUUACGCUUCUAUGGUUUCCUGCGGUGGAGUUUUUCGACUAAACAAACURACACUGAAAAUCAACUUCAGAAUUCAGAGUCUCGAACAUUAAGCCCUGAGUAACACUGGAAAACUUAUAUAUUCUYAAAUUGUAAUAGGAUUAAAUGUAUCAAUACUAUGAGGUACUCAAACGCGACAGUAAAAGUUUGUUGAAGUAUGACUCGGGAACUCAUUCAGUCUUCUGGAAAUGUCAAGUCUUGAUAGCGAGAAAUAAGAAUUUAGUUCUGUGGMGUGUGGUUUAUAAAGAUUUGUUUAUAACUUUUGACGUAUAAAAUUGGUGUUUUAACAAAA